GCCACCGACCGCCGGGGCCGCAAGCCGCCGCAGCCCGCAGGCGGCCACCGUACACAACUUACUGCCCUCCCCCCACUCCAUCUCCUUGGUAACCUCGACCGAGCCCUCACUACUCCGGUGGCCGAGUGACGAGCAUACACGCCGCCUGACAUGGGGAAGAGGCCAAGGACGUCACGUCCGCUGCUUGCACGGGCCCUCCCCAAGUCCAAGCGAGCCAGUGAGGCGGCUGCGGUUCCUGACUCCGACGACGACGAGAUCGACGCAUUUCACAAGCAGCGGGACGUAAUCCCCCUCGACGUCAAUGAUGCGAGGGAGUCAGAGGAUGAUGAUUUGGAACAGCCCGUCUUCGAUCUUGAGGGUAUUUCCGAUACUGAAAGUGAUGACAACGAAGGAGAUGAGGAUGGUGACAUGGCCAAAGCUAAUUUUGAGGAAUGGGACAAAGGCUAUGUUGCAAAAUUAAAAAGAGCACAGAGGGCAGCAAAACAAAUUGCUGGGGGUGAUGACAUCAUGGAUGAAGAUGAUGAAGAUGAUAAAGAUAUAAACAACUGGGGUAGAGGAAAGAAAUCAUACUAUGAUGAUCAUGAACAUUCUGGUGAUGAUGAUGAAUUUAAAGAGAUAAAGAGGAUACAAGAAGAGAAGGAUAGUAAGCUGUCAAUGAAAGAUUUUGGGUUAGAAGAUGAUGAAAGUGAUGAAGAGGAUGAGUCCGUGAAGCAGGCAUCCAACCAUCAAGGGAAGGGUGCUGAUUACACAUCCUCCUCUCUAGGUUACCCGAAAGCGAAAGAUGAUUUUACUGCCCUGUCAAGAGAUGAGAAAAUGAAUGUACUGUACAGUUCUGCUCCUGAACUGGUUGGUUUAUUGUCUGAUUUAAAUGAGGCCCAUGAACAGCUGAAGGCGAUAAAACAAGUUACCAUUGAGAUUUUGUUCUCUGUUCUGCAGGCAACAGCUGGGCAAGGCACACAUAAGGGUAGAAUGCAGCCUUUGGAGGUGAAGCGAGCAUGUCUGCUGGCUCAUUGUCAAGCUAUUACCUUCUAUCUCCUUAUGAGAGCCGAGGGACUAUCUGUGCAGGAUCAUCCUGUAAUUGCUCGGCUUGUAGAGACCAAGAAUAUGGUAGAAAAGAUGAAGCUGGUUAACAUAAAUCAUCUAAGGCAAAACGGGGAGACUGAUGGCCAUCUUAUGCCUGAUUGCAGCACCAUCCAUGCAGUGAAUAAGACAAUAUCUCUAGACAACAAGGAGGGCAAAUCUAGCAAUUUACUGCUGGAUAAAGUAACACUAGGUGCUGAAGUACCAGAAUUGGCAAAGAAUGAACCUUCUAGUAAUAGGCAAAAUGAAAUUACCAGAAGGAAGAGCAAGGACGAGUGUAUGGGCUUGCAAAGCCUGGAAAUGUUGAAACGAAGAGCAAGCCUCGAGGAGCGGUUAAAGGAAAAGGGGCUGUAUAAAUCGUCAGGGAAGCCAGAGAAGUUGUCAAACACCAGGACAACCAAAAAUAAUAGAAACCUGCAGACAUUAGAUGACUUUGAUGAUGAGGUGCAGAAAAAUACUCAAGUGAUGAAAACUAAGAAGCUCCUGGUAAAUGCAGCUAACUCAAAUAUAAAAAAUAAGUUUGUUUCUGGUGAUGAUGAUAUUCCAAAGCGGGAUGAGAUUGGUGAAAGACGGCGAAAACAUGAGCUACGUGUUCUUGCUAGAGUAGGAACUAAUACGUUUGAUGAGGAGUUGCCAGAAAAUGGUGAUCAUGCUGAAGAGAAGCUUAACCAAUCUGAGGAGGAAGAUGACAACUGUAAUGAUCAGGUGUCCUCGGAGUCCGAAGAUGGAUUCUACAAAGAUAUCAAAAGGCAGAGGACAGAAAAACAAUUGAGCAAAGAACGGAGCACCUCUAUCGCCGAACCGCUGGAGGAAGAAAGUGAAGGUGAUGGCAAGAGGAAGAUCUCAUACCAGAUUGAGAAGAACCGGGGGCUGACUCGCUCCAGAAAUAAGAAACUUAAGAAUCCACGGAAGAAAUACAGGGUUAAGAGUGACAAACAGCGGUCUAAGCGGAAAGGUCAAGUGCGUGACAUGAAGAAGCCCUCUGGUCCAUACGGCGGUGAAAUGUCUGGCAUCAAUCCAAACGUCAGCCGUAGCGUUAGGUUCAAGAGUUGAUGGUAUGGUAUCAUGUACGAUUCCUCAACAUGGAAAUUUUGUCAGGCGGAGGUUUGAUGGCUAGUAGUUUAAUUUUUUUUUAUGGAACAUGAACGUUUCUUUAUAGUGUUUUGGGUUUGUAGUGAUAAUUUUCCAUGGAAAGAGAAGACUACGUACCAGUGCUUCUAAAUUGCACCAUAAUUUUUCUAAAUCACAUCCAUUUUCAGUUCUACAUGAUGAGA